GUCCAACGGGCAACGGGAAUCGCCAACAACAGGAACAUCCGAGCCACGGCAAGCGACCCCAACGGCUUCCAGCUUGGCUUCUCCCAGAACGUGCGAGGACAGAUCAACUUCUUCACCAAGGAGACAGGUUUCUACCAGCUGUGCCUGGACAACCAGCAAAACCACUUUGGCUUCAUGCAGGUCUAUCUUAACUUUGGCGUCUACUAUGAAGGCUUCAACACGGAAAAGGAGCCAGAAGACAGGAAAGAGCUGAACAACACUCUGGAGGCAAUCGAGGUCAGCAUCCGGAAGCUGCAGCUCCAAAUCUUCCACAUGUGGCGGUACUACAACUUUGCCCGCAUGCGGAAAUCGUCCGACUCCAUCCUCCUGGAGUCCAACUACGACUACGUCAACUGGUGGUCGAUGGCUCAGAGCUGCAUCAUUGUCCUCUCCGGCGUGCUGCAGCUCUACUUCUUGAAGCGCCUCUUCCACCUUUAG